UCGUCGUUGCUGUCUUCAUUACUUUGCGAAGCUCGGCGGAUCUCUGGCAAACUUAUUAUCUCUGGAAAGAUAGGAUAUUGUAGCCAAGAUGUUUGGAUUUUCAGCGGAACGAUUCGCGAUAAUAUCCUCUUUGGCUGUGAUUAUGAUCCAGGUUUUUCCACCUAUGCGUUUAUAGAGAAGUAUCGCCGAGCUCUUGAAGUUUCAGCCCUAAGUAAUGAUAUCGCUCAGUUUCCUCGUGGAGAUGCAGUGCUCGUUGGUGAUCGCGGGACUUCCCUCUCAGGUGGACAGAAAGCGCGUAUUGCUUUGGCUCGCGCCAUUUAUUCAGAUGCCGAUGUUUUCCUUCUUGAUGAUCCUUUGUCCGCUGUCGAUGCGACAGUGGGGCGUUUCCUUUUUGAGAAAGUUGUUGCUGUUGGUACUCUUGACGAACUCAAGAACAACUUCACAGAACAGUUUGAAGCGCUCAUACAGGAAACGGAAAGAUCGUAUGCUCAACGACUCCGAGAGGGUGCCCCAAUAGGCAGUCCACGUCGCGCGCUCUCGCGGAUGUCGGAAGGUGAUCGCGGAGACAGUGCUACGUUCGAACGAUCUACCAGCUGCAUAAGUGAAAAGGACGAAAAAGAGGUGAUUGAGAAGGCUGACUAUGUCCCUGAAAUCAUCGAGGAAGAUAAG